AUGGCCGAACCCGGAAAGCGAUCGAUUGUCAUCGUCGGAGGUGGCAUCAUCGGCAGCACCACGGCCUACUUCUUGACCCGCCAUCCUAAAUACAACCCAGCUCUCCACUCCAUCCAUCUAAUUGAAGCAACUGCAAUUGCCAGUGGCGCUUCAGGCAAAGCCGGUGGUCUGAUUGCCCUGUGGGCAUACCCCUCCUGCCUGGUGCCCUUGAGCUUCAGACUCCAUGCCGAACUGGCUCGAGAACACAAUGGAGCAGAACGUUGGGGUUAUCGAGGCGUCAGUGUUGGUCAGGUUGAUCUGAUCGGUCGCCAUGUAAGCAAUCAGCCAAAGGUCUCCGCCGAUGCCGGUGCCAAGGGCGAGGGCGAGGAUAUCAGAGGCUUGCAUCGAGCCGACGUGUCAAGUGAUGGUAAUGUCAGUCUCCAGAAGAGGAGUAAAGAGUCGUACGCCAACCUACGCAAGGUUGGUCUGCCCGAUGAACUCGACUGGGUUGCGGAGGAGACUGUGCAAGGCUACGAAAGCAUGAGUUCUCCGGGAGAUAGCGCACAGGUCCACCCCUACCAAUUUACCACCUCCAUGGCGGAACUGGCAGCAGAGAAGGGCGUCAAGAUUAUCAUUGGCAGCGUCGACAAAAUCGAGUCGUCUUCCUCAGGGGAACACACCAUCAAAUACACAGAUAAAAACACAAACUCGCAGCAAUCUCUCCCCGCAACCGAUGUCAUCGUGACAGCCGGCCCGUGGACUAAGACGGUGCUGCCUGGGACUCCCAUCAGCGCAUUACGAGCUCACAGUGUCACUAUUCGGCCCACCCGUCCAGUCUCCGCGUUCUGCCUGUUCACCGAGCUUGCACUGCCCAAGAACUUCAAGGAAGGGACCAAAUCCCGGGCGAUGCAGGUCAGCCCCGAGGUCUACGCUCGUCCGAAUAACGAACUGUACGCUUGUGGCGAGGGCGAUCACCUUGUGCCGCUGCCAAAGUCCACCGCCGAAGUGCAAGUCGAUGAUUCGCGCUGCCAGGAUAUUGUAGACUACUGUGCAGCUUUCUCCGACGAGAUGCGCGACGGCGAAGUGUUGGUCCGGCAGGCUUGUUAUUUGCCGCAGGUUGACGCCGGCGCCGGCCCGCUAGUCGGCCUGACCAGGACCAAGGGAGUCUAUCUCGCUGCUGGGCACACGUGUUGGGGCAUCCAGAACGGACCAGGCACCGGCCAAUUAAUGAGCGAGUUUGUCUUCGAUGGCAAGGCGCUCAGUGCAAAUGUGAACAGUCUUGAUCCGAGGAAAGUGUUGAGAUAG